GAGAGAGAGAGAGAGUUCUCAAGCUGGAGUUUGCAGGGACCUCUUGGCAUUUUAACCUUCAUUAAGGAUCUUGAGUCUGCCAAAAACUUUCUUUCCAGCUCUGGGAUUUUACAGAGAGGAACAGAGAAAUAAAGCAGAGGAACGGAGAAAGAAGAGCUCAGCUGCAGAUGGGACUUUUCGCCACAGCUGCAUUGCUCCCCGGGCCGUUCUUUGAUGAUGUUGUUUCUAGCAACCAUAGGACACUGCCCUGCUCUUCUAGCUCUCGCACUGCUUGGCCUUUUGGGAUUGCUGCCAGAGGUAUGCUCAGGAUACCUAUCUGAGGAUGAGGAUUACUACAUGCAGGAAUUACUGAGCAGGGAACAUUAUUAUCAUAUUCCUGCCCAAGAGGAAAGCCCUGUGGAAGGAGACGAGAUCCGGGCAGAUGACCUUCUCAUUCCAGCUGCCCGUAAGAAGCCCAAAGUCAAGUCUACGUCUGGCAAACCAACCGUCAAGCAAACCGGAACCAAAGAAAACUCAGUCAGAGCUUCAAAAAAGAAGACAGAGAAGACUUCUAACAGCAUAAGCGAAGCAGAACGCCAGUUCCUAUCAGAGAGAGUGGAAUGCCCUCCGCUGGGUCUGGAGAACCUGAAAAUUGAUGACUUCCAGCUUCAUGCCUCGACCAUGCAACGUUAUGGUCUGGGUGCUCAUAGAGGUCGACUCAAUAUCCAGGCUGGUCUGUAUGAGGAUGAUCUGUAUGAUGGCGGUUGGUGUGCUGGCAGGAACGAUCCUCUGCAGUGGUUUGAGGUGGAUGCCAGACGGCUGACCAAAUUCACUGGGGUCAUCACCCAAGGCAGGAGCUCAGUUUGGUCAAGUGACUGGGUGACGUUGUACCGUGUGCUGCUCAGCAAUGAUUCUCACACCUGGGUGGCCCUGAAGAAUGGCACCAGAGAGCUGCUUUUCAUAGGCAAUAAAGAGAAGGAGAUCCCAGUCCAGAACACGUUCCCCAGGCCUGUGGUAGCUCGUUACAUUAGAAUCAACCCUCGCUCAUGGUAUAGUGGUGGCAGCAUCUGUAUGAGGACAGAGAUACUGGGAUGCCCCAUGCCAGAUCCAAACAAUUACUACCACAGGCGAAAUGAAAUCACCACUACAGACAACCUAGAUUUCAAACACCACAGCUACAAGGAGAUGAGGCAGUUAAUGAAGGUGGUUAAUGAAAUGUGCCCGAACAUUACUCGGAUUUACAACAUCGGUAAGAGCUACAGCGGGCAGAAGCUCUAUGCCUUUGAGAUCUCGGAUAACCCAGGAGAGCAUGAGCUGGGUGAGCCAGAGUUCCGAUAUACUGCAGGAUCCCAUGGUAACGAGGUGCUGGGACGAGAGCUCCUGCUCCUGCUGAUGCAGUUCAUGUGUCAGGAGUACCUGUCCCGUAAUCCACGCAUACGCCGGCUGGUGCAUGAAACUCGCAUUCACCUGCUGCCCUCCAUCAACCCCGAUGGCUACAACAAAGCGGCAGAAGCCGGUUCUGAGUUGAGUGGUUGGUCACUGGGUCGAUGGAGCCAGGAUGGCCUGGACAUCCACCACAACUUCCCUGAUCUCAAUGCCAUCCUCUGGGAAGCGGAGUCCCGCAAGUGGGUCCCCCGCAGAUUCCCCAACCACCACAUACCCAUUCCAGAGUGGUACCAGUCCAAGAAUGCCACGGUUGCCAUGGAGACACGUGCCUUGUUGGGAUGGAUGGAGAAGAUUCCAUUCGUGUUGGGGAGCAACCUGCAAGGCGGCGAGUUGGUGGUGACCUUCCCGUAUGACCGCACUCGACCCCACAGAACCAUGCGGGAAGCCACACCCACUCCAGAUGACCAUGUGUUCCGUUGGCUAGCAUUCUCAUAUGCCUCCACCCACCGACUAAUGACGGAUGCUGCCCGCAGGGUGUGCCACACUGACGACUUCGCCAAGGAAGAUGGUACCAUUAAUGGCGCGUCCUGGCACACAGCAGCAGGAAGUAUGAAUGAUUUCAGCUACCUCCAUACCAACUGCUUUGAGCUGUCCAUGUAUGUUGGCUGUGACAAGUUCCCCCACGAGAGUGAACUGCCUGAGGAGUGGGAGAACAACCGAGAGUCGCUACUUGUUUUUAUGGAACAGGUUCAUCGUGGUAUUAAAGGGGUGGUAAGGGAUAUGCAGGGAAGAGGAAUUGCAAAUGCAAUAAUCUCUGUGGAGGGCAUCAACCAUGACAUUCGAACAGCUGCUGAAGGUGACUACUGGCGCUUGCUGAACCCAGGGGAGUACAGGGUGACCGUGCGAGCUGAAGGCUUCCCCACCACCAGCAAAAUGUGCAAGGUGGGCUAUGACAUGGGUGCCACACGUUGCGAUUUCACUGUCACCCGCUCCAACCUGUCGCGAAUCAAAGAAAUCAUGAAGAAGUAUAAUAAGCAGCCAGUCACCCUUCGGCAACUUCCAAGAAGACCUCGACAUAGACCCCUGGGGACCUAGAGGGGACUUCUGAGGACUGCAGGGGAAAUACAGUUCCACAACAUUGGUCCCAGUACUGUCCUCUCACUAUUUGAUGGACUUUCUAGAUUUCUAGACUGCUAUGUAGACUGCUUGUUGUCUAUUUUACUGGGAGGAAAUGUGGCAUAGUCAGACUGAGAAUGGUUUGGCAGGGGGAAAACGGGGCUGCUCAGUUACCUAGGAACCAAAGUUUUCUACUUCCAACUGUAUUAGCUUUCUUCUGCUGAUGUUAAAAUUUUCAGAUAAUGGCUGGUUCCACUUCUAACCAGUGCCAAUGGCAACAGAGAAGUGGAAGAGGUCAAAUGCCUUUUUUUGAAUUAUUAUAAUUAAAGACUGCAUGAGCAAAGGAUUUAAAAGGAUAUUGCUAGAUGUACAAGCCAUCGAUAAGAUCACAUUACCUCAGGAUUGAGUUUCAUAAAUUUGCUUUCAAGUUAAUAGGUCAUUUAGAUCAGUUGUAAGGCAUGGAGAUAGAACUUAAAACUGUAUCAGUUCCUCUGGCGUAAGACAAGGGCUUUGACAUUUAUUAGAACUCACUGGGGUAGAACAGUAUGAGCAAACUGGAUUUUUAUGAAGAAGGUAGGAUGUGAUAAAAUCAAAACCUUUAAAAUCAUUUAAUAACUGGACCUUUUCAUCUCUUAUAUAGCCUAAGAGCUUCUGAAUUAUAACAUUUUUAAUUAAAAGAGGAGGUAAUUUAUGCCAUUUAUGCAAUUUAUUUUAAUGAUGUAAUGAAGCUAUUUGAGGCAUUUUAACAGGAUUUGUUUUGUUGAAUUCUGUUUUUUUUUGCCAUUCUUUUGAGAGUUCAGACCUGUUACUUUGCUGAAUUACUUGAGCUUUUUAUUCUGAUGUUGCUUAAACCAGGGGGACCCAACAUUUCCAGGAGAUAUUCCCUCAGUUUAGUUUGAGUCCUAACAUAUUUGCUCCAGCUACAAGUCAUAUUCAGAAUCAUCAUCAUAUUAGUGCCAGAUGGGUUAGUUUGAGCUUGGACCCACAGUUGUUUUGGGACAUUUGGUAAUGCUUGAUGCUUGGGGACUUUAUUGUUAUCUGUUCCAUUUACUGAUAAUAGUAUCUGUAUUCUUUAUGUAAAUGUAUGAAAUGUUAAAACCACUGCUCUUAAUAAACUCUGGCAUUAAAGUACUCUA